AACAUAGUUUAUUGGUUUCAUACGUCCACCUCUACAGUGUCCCUAUAUAUGUGCUACAGUGUCAACUCUAUUUCUCCAUGCAACAAUGGGGAGAGCUCCUUGUUGUGAGAAAGUAGGGUUAAAGAAAGGAAGAUGGACUGCUGAAGAAGAUAAGAUCUUGACUGAUUAUAUUCAACAAAAUGGUGAAGGAUCCUGGAGGUUCUUGCCUAAGAAAGCAGGUUUGUUAAGGUGUGGGAAGAGUUGCAGACUAAGAUGGAUAAACUAUUUGAGAGCAGAUGUGAAGAGAGGGAACAUAGCUCCUCAUGAAGAAGAAAUCAUUGUCAAGUUGCAUGCUGUUCUUGGAAAUAGGUGGUCUGUGAUAGCAUCACAUUUGCCCGGACGAACCGAUAACGAGAUAAAGAAUUACUGGAACUCUCAUUUGAGAAGAAAAAUUUACUGCUUCAUGAGAUCCAUUAAUGAGUCCUCACCACCACUUGGCAUGGCAUCCACAUCCAAAAAAAGUAAACAUGACAAAAAUAACAAACCAACCAUAGAAGAAGACAAUAGCAUGGCUUUGACUCAUCAUCAAAAUUCCCUUGAUUCAAUAUCUAAAGAGACAACAACUUUACAAUGUUAUAAUGGACAAGAAGUUGAAGGAAUUUCAAUGAAUAAUAAUAUUCUUCAUGGUAACAUAAAUAAUACGGUUGCAUCAUACCCCAUCAAGAAUAUUGAUGAUGGUUUGGGACCAUAUAAAUGGCUAGAUGAUGAAAUUAUGAAACUUCGUAACAUGUUUGAGAAUGGUGUUAUAGGGAAUUAUGGUAGCAUGCAUGAGAAUGAUGAAAAGGGUAAUGAAUGUGAUUAUAGGAAGAUGCAUGUGGAAAUAAUGGAAACAAAUAUGGAAAAGAAAAGUGGAAUUUGGGAAUCAUCGUAUAAUGGAGAGAAUAAUAAAGAGUUGUACAAUUGUUGUUCAUCGAUGAAUUUUGCUACGGAUUUUGAACAGUUGUCUGAUUGGGACUUUUGUCAUGAAGACAAAAUGAAGAGUUCGUUGUGGGGUACAGGCAUUGGUGAAAUCAUGAAUGGUUUUUAUUGGUAAUUAAUUACUUGUUUCAAUUUAUCAAAAUGUAUUUGUUUGUGUGUGUAACACAGAUUUCUAUCAUUUUAUUUACUAGUGUUUCGAUUAUUAUUAUUAUUUUAAAAAGGUAUUUAAUAAGGGUUAAUAAUUUACAUCCAUCUCUGC